AAGAAGCUGAAUGCAACGCAAGCAAGCAGGAAAGAAAGCAAACAACGAUUCUGAUUGGCAAGUGCAGAUUUUGUCAACGUAAUCAAAAAAACAACUUUCUACCUAGAAAAGAAGGUGGUUGAAUUUUUUGCUAGCUUUCCGGAGUUUUUUUUUGCGAUGAGUUUAUUCGUUAGCUAGUGGGUGUAGAGUUCAAAUGGACUCGGAACUGUGUAAAGUUUUUUAAUUGUUCUAUUUUUACUCACAACGCAUCGAGAUUGUAGAUUCUAAGCCGCACACCGCAAGGACAAUGGCACCCAAAUCUACCAACAGCAGCCUGAAAUACCUCAGCCUGAUUACGUUAACCCUGCAGAAUGCAAUCCUUGGUCUCAGCAUGCGCUACUCCCGGACCCGAUCCGGCGACAUGUUUCUCAGCUCAACAGCCGUGGUGAUGGCCGAACUGGUCAAACUGGGCACCAGUCUAGUGCUGGUGUUCCUCGAGGAGGGCAGAAGUGUGCACCGUUUGCGCGCCACUCUGUACAACACGAUCGUGAAGCAACCGAUGGACACGCUCAAAAUUUGUGUCCCUUCGUUUGUGUACAUCGUGCAGAACAAUCUGCUCUACGUGGCAGCUUCCCAUCUGGAUGCGGCCACCUAUCAGGUGACAUAUCAGCUGAAGAUUCUUACGACGGCGGUUUUUGCCGUGAUAAUCUUACGAAAAAAAUUGUAUCCGACACAGUGGGCAGCCCUUGUGGCGCUGGUUGUCGGAGUGGCAAGCGUUCAGCUCGCGCAGACGGAUUCCAGCGGAACGGCAGCUUCGAAGCAGCAGCAAAUGCCGGGAGAUGCAAAUCAGAAUCGCCUGCUGGGAUUCGGUGCCGCCGUAGGCGCCUGCUUUUUGUCCGGCUUUGCCGGAAUUUUCUUCGAGAAAAUGCUCAAAGGGGCAGACAUUUCCAUCUGGAUGCGAAACAUUCAACUCAGCUUGUUUAGCUUACCUUUCGGACUGCUCACCUGUUACGUGUACGACGGGGGAAAAAUUUCCAGCAACGGAUUUUUCUACGGCUAUGAUGGCUUUAUCUGGUAUCUGAUCGCGUUGCAGGCCGGUGGAGGUUUAAUUGUGGCGGUGGUCGUCAAGUAUGCAGAUAAUAUUCUGAAAGGCUUCGCCACCUCACUUGCGAUCAUCAUAUCCUGCGUAGCCUCAAUGUAUUUGUUCGAUUUCAACUUGACGUUGCAGUUCACCGUCGGAGCGGCUCUCGUUAUUGGAUCGGUGUUCCUGUACGGGUACGAUCCGACGCAGGCCAACAAGCACAAGAUUAUCAAACUGCAUCCGGACCCGGACCAGGAACGGCUGCUGGCGGAGAAGGUUUAGGAUCUCCCCACAACAGGACGUAGAACGGUUGAAAAGUAUUUUUUUUAUCACAUUAGAAUAUAGUUUCAUAUCGAAUGAUUUUACUCGUUAGGGUCAACGUUUCGAAUGCAAUCUAGAUAAGUUUUUUUCCGUUACUUAAGAAUGCAAUUAUUUAAUAAAAUGCGAGUUAAACUUA